UGUUCCAUCAGCUGUGUGUGUGAGUGUGGGCUCCAAAAAAUCUGUGUGAAAUUCCCUGCUAUGGGAGAACACUUUGCAGGAUGGUUCAGCUGGGCAAGGGUGCUCGCUGCAGCACUGUUUUUGAUCACACUGCAGUGUUCCUGGGCCCUGAGUCCCACCAACUGCAACGCUGCUGAGCCUGAGGCUGAGAGAGCUCUAGACCUGAUCAAUAAAGGCAGACGGAAUGGCUAUCUUUUCCAGUUGCUGCGGGUUGCUGAUGCCCACUUGGACAGAGUGGGACCUGCAACUGUGUAUUAUUUAGUCUUAGAUAUGCAAGAAUCUGACUGUUGGGUCCUAUCCAGGACACACGGGGAUGACUGUGAGCUACCUGCUUCCAGACGACCAUCUGAGAUGGUGAUUGGACAAUGUAAAGUAAUAGCUACGAGAUAUUCAAAUGAAUCUCAGGAUCUCACAGUAAAUGGCUUUAACUGCACCACGAGUUCUGUCUCCUCAGCCCUGAGCAACACCAAAGACAGUCCCAUCCUCUUCGAUUUCUUCGAGGACAGCGAGCCCUACAGAAAACAAGCCGACAAAGCCCUUGACAAGUACCAAGCGGAGAACGGUGCUUUUGCCUCUUUCAGAGUGGACCGAGUAGAGCGCGUCAUAAGGGCGAGAGGAGGCCAAGGCACCAAUUACUAUGUGGAUUUCUCUGUGAGGAACUGCUCUGCCUACCAUUUCCCUAGAGACCCUAAUGUCUUUGGAUUCUGCAGAGCAGAUUUGUACUAUGAUAUAGAACCUUCUGACUUGGAAAUCCCAAAAGACAUUGUUGUAAACUGUGAGGUCUUUAACCUUGAGGAGUAUAGAAACAUCAGUGGUAUGCCACCCCAUCGGGGCCAUCCUCACCACUUUGGUGGGCGGGAGCAUGCUCUACCCAGCAAGCAUCCAUUUAACUCAAAUGGAUCCAGAGAUCAUCAUCAUUCCCACAAGUCACACAAAGUUGCAUGCCCCUCUGCCCUGGGAGAAAAAAAUUAUUCAGACAGACCACCACUGCCCCCACCAGGGCCAAGAUGUCAUUACCCUCCUUCUGGCACCAAUCGGAGUGGACCUCCUCAUAGUUUCAGUAAGCAUGAUCCCCAUGGACAUCCUCCACCUGGACAUGGUCCUCAUGGACACUGUCCCCCUGGACACCGUCCCCAUGGACACCAUCCCCAUGGACACCCUCCCGGUGGUCACCCUCCCCAUGGACACCCUCCCCAUGGACACCCUCCCCAUGGACACCCUCCCCAUGGCCAUGAUUUUCAUGACUAUGGACCCUGUGAUCCACCACAUGAUCAAGGUCCCAAACAUCACCAUCAUGAUCAUGGUUCAUCACAUAGGCACCCAGGACAAAGAGGUCCAGGUAAAAGACACUUCCCUUUCCAUCGAAGACAAAUUGGAUAUGUUUACCGACUCCCUCCACUAAAUGUAGGGGAAGUUCUUCCUCUGCCUGAAGCCAAUUUCCCCAGUGUCUCAUUACCAAGCUGCAACAAUUCCCAACAGCCAGAGAUUCAGCCCUUCCCUCAAUCAACCCCUCCCUCUGAAUCGUGUCCAGGGAAGUUCAAGAGUGAAUUCCCACAACUUUUCAAGUUUUUUGCAUACAAGUCUCCAAAAUAAAACCUGAUUCCUUAAAAGAGAAAAAUAAAUAAUGUUCUGAAUUAGAACCAUGAAUAAAAUGUGACCAAUGAUGAAUGAAAA